UAAAAGAAGCGAGGCGGACAAAGCCAAGCGCUAUGAAUGAAACAAACGAACGAAUGACAACACUUGCUUUAGUACUCAAAACGAGAGAGCGUUGGUUGCUUGGAAUAGAGUCAUUGGCGUGGCUUGUAGUAAUAUUGGCUGCCUUUUUGGGAAAUGUCAUGUUGACGCUGGCAGUCUUCAAAUCAAGUAGAAUACGAUCUCCACAAAAUUACUACUUGUUGUCGCUGGCGGCUACAGAUGUCUUUAAUGCUACUGCUAUUAUGCCCUACACGCUUACCGUUCUCAUCAAAGGAACAUGGCCUUUUGGAAACUUUAUUUGCCAGCUGCAAGGAAGUCUGACUUCAAUUUGCGCCACUGUCUCAUUGCUUACAAUGGCACUAAUUUCAUUUAACCGUUAUGUGAAGAUAGUCAGGUCUGUUCAGCUUUACCAGAAAAUAUUCACCAGACGAAAUAUCUUGAUAUCCAUCACCAUGUCAUGGUCGACAACUGCGUUUUUAACACUUUUUCCAUUUUUAUUCUACAAAACUAUGUUCCAUUUUCACCCUGGAAAGUGCUUAUGUUGGUUGCAGCUAAGUCCAGUAGAUGGAGCUUCUUGGUAUGGUCUGGUCAGUUACUCGUCAAUAGUUUGUUUAAUAUUUUCUUCAAUCUUCUUUAGCUACUACAAAGUAUUUCGCAAAAUCCGCGCACAUUACGCUCAAGUUGCAAGCUCUGGGAUUCGCAAUGAGAACUCUGCGGCCUUCGCUGAGGAAGUGAAAAUAACAGCUAUGUUAUUUGUGACUGUAUUAACGUUUUUCAUCUGUUGGGUCCCUUCUUUUAUUAUCGACUUCUACGAGGCCAUUGCAGGAUACUACACCCUUCCAAGACAGCUGUAUUUGUUCAAUAUAUUCACUUAUACAUCUAGCAGUGCUAUCAAUCCUUUUAUUUAUGGUUUUAUGAAUAGGGAUUUUCGUGGGGCCUACAUGAGAAUAUUGUGUUGUAAAGAAAGUUAGCCUUGUAUGACUUCAGUAUCGCCCCAACAUCUCUAGGCCAUCUUAUGAAUUUGUUUCACUUUUCACUGCUUCAGUCCCUCUCGUCAAAAUGAGUCGGUGGGUCGAGCAAAGAGAGGAGAGAAGAAAAAAAGGAUUUCACUGGAAAAGCCUAGAUAUCGAUGUGUGUUUCGCUUGCCAAUUGUUUACUUAAACCUAAACCUUUUAAUACGACAGUGCAAGUUAGAUAAUGGAUCGAGACGAUUUUCAAUAAGGUCUUUAUCACCUGCUCUUGAUAUAUUGUCAGAAUAUUAAUUUUGCCGAUUAUUGACAUGCUUCUGUUCAGGCAAUGUGCCCGGAAGUUUUUUGUUUAAUUUGUUUUUGUAUAAAUCAGUCGGUUGGAAACGAAAAUUGUCUGGAGAUGUAUAAUCUGUAAAGUUUGGUUCAAGCGGUCAUCUGGAGUCGUGCCUCGAAAAUAUUGAGUAGAUCUCUACGUUGCAUGGUUUUCAUAAGUCUUGAAUUUGGUCAAUGGCAACAAUAACAUAAAAAAAAAAAGGAAAAAAAAGAUCAUUCUUAACUUAACUUAAAAAAUAUAUAUUGCAAUCGUAUUAAGCAGAAAUAAUUCAGUGAAGUGAUGUAUUGAUAUGAAUUGCGCGUUAAUUGCGGUGGAUAAUUAGAAUGUGAACGUCCAGCGUAAUAAUAACAUUACCAUAAUACCUUAUUUGCAGCUUUAAUUGAUAAUUUUGACAGAACAUGAACCAGAGCGUUCUCACAAUAAACGUAGAAUUCCA